CUCUGCAGCUUGUGACCUCAUAAGCAAGCGCAGGCUUUAGGGGCUGCGGUAUUUCUUCCCCUAUCUCUUUUGAUUAUUAAUCAAGCGACUAGCCGUUGUUGUGUGCUGGUUUGAUAGUGACAGUGGUAGGCUGAGGUAAAGUGAGGACGAAGAGACGAUGGGGCCGGUGGAGUUUGACCCAGAGCGCCCCCUUCAAGUUCUCCACAUGACCAUUUUCUCUCAGAGCUUCUCCCCUUGUGGCCGCUUCUUGGCUGCAGGUAACAACUAUGGGGAAAUUGCAAUUUUCAGUUUAUGUGCAGCUCUCAGUGCAGAUGCCACAGAAAACAGUCAGAAGCCCAUUGUGACUUUUAAAGCUCAUGAUGGUCCCGUCUUCAGUCUGCUGUCAACUGAUACACAACUCCUAAGUUCAGGAAAUGGCGAGGUACGAGCCUGGAAUUGGGCAGAGCUCGUCAAGAAGGGCUGUAAAGCUGUUUGGUGCAACAAACCUCCGUACAGCACGAGUCUGGAGAUGCCCGAGAUCAACAGUAUGCUGCUCAACCCAAAGGAUGGAUCGCUGCUGCUGGGAUGCGGUGACAACAAUAUUCACAUUAUGGACUUAGAAUCAGGGAUGUUCAAGGGUGUGCUCAAGGGACAUAAGGACUACGUUCACUGCCUGGCACUGAGAGACUCAGCCGGAGAGUGCCUGUCUGGUGGUGAAGAUGGAGCCGUCCGGAUUUGGGACCUGAAGACGUGCUCUCUGGUGCAGGCCAUCGAAGUCUUCAAAUACCCAGAAUGUGCAAGGCCUCAGUAUGGGAAGUGGAUCAGUUGCCUAGCGACGGAUUCCGACUGGAUGCUCUGUGGCGGGGGUCCUUCCAUGUCUCUCUGGCACCUUCGCUCUGUCACACCCACCACCAUCUUCCCUGUGCCAGGUUGCCAGCGGGAUGCUCUCUUCUACCAGGACCUGAUCAUGUCCAUUGGGGACAGCCCAUUUGUGUCCCACUGCCAACUCAAUGGAGACAUCCGGGCACGCAUUCCCUGCACCCCACCCAACUUGUACAGUCUUCAGCUAAAUGAGAAUUCGCCGGAGCACCGGGUGCUGGCCGUGUCGGGCAGCAGCUCAAAGAUUGACGUCUUUACCAAUUUUGGCUACCGGGCCUUCUCUCUCAGCUUUACCUGAAGCCUGACGCCAGCCUGUCAAGACAGUUUGGGGGGUGAUGCUAAUAAAAUGUGCUUUUCUACUUUUAA